AUGUACGGCCUCAUACUCGAGAACAUGUCCGAGUACAUUCGCCAGGUGUAUGGGGAAGACCGCUGGGAGGAGAUCAGACGGCAGGCGGCCGUCGACCAGCCCAGCUUCAGCGUCCACCAGGUCUACCCGGAGAACCUCAUACCGCGUCUCGCCAAGAAGGCCAUUCAGGUUCUCGGGAUCACGGAGCGCGAGUUCUUCGAACAGAUGGGCGUGCACUUCGUGAGCUUCGUGGGCCAGUACGGGUACGACCGGGUGCUCUCGGUCCUCGGCCGGCACCUCCGCGACUUCCUCAACGGCCUCGACAACCUCCACGAGUACCUCAAGUUCUCGUACCCGCGGAUGCGGGCGCCCUCCUUCAUAUGCGAGAACGAGACGCGUCAAGGACUGACUCUGCAUUACAGAAGCAAGCGGCGCGGCUUCGUCUACUACACAAUGGGCCAGAUAAGGGAGGUCGCCCGCCAUUUUUACAACAAGGACCUGAAGAUCGUGCUCGUGCGCGAGGAGAUACUCUUCGACACCGUCCACGUCACCUUCCAGCUGACCUUCGACAAUCGAGCUUUCACCCUCGCCUCGCUCGCCAUGACCCGGGAGGAGAAGCAUCUGCCGAUCGGUGCAUCCGUGCUCUUCGAGAUUUUUCCGUUCUGCAUAGUUUUCGGUCUCGAUAUGGUCGUGAGAAGCAUCGGAAACUCGUUAAUGGUUAUUUUGCCGGAUCUCAUCGGCAAAAAGAUCACCCAUCAUUUCGACCUCGUGAGGCCCCUCAUAGCAUUUAAAUUCCAAUCGAUUUUAAAUAGGACGAACAACAUAUUCGAGCUCGUGUCUGUGGAGCCAGUGCUCGCCGAGAGGCCAAGCGAUCGACGUAAGAACGAUUUGGUUUUGGGCCACGAGAUUGACAUACAGGAGGAUCGGACACUUAGACUCAAAGGUCAGAUGAUUUACAUGGACAACUGGAAAAUGAUGAUGUAUCUCGGUACACCAGUGAUGCCGGAUUUAAAUGCUCUCAUAGGUGCUGGUCUCUAUAUAAACGAUCUUUCAUUGCAUGAUUUUAGCAGGGAUCUUAUGCUCGCGGGCACGCAGCAGUCGGUCGAGCUGAAACUCGCCCUCGACCAGGAGCAGCUGAAGAGCAAGAAGCUCGAGGAAUCCAUGAGGAAGCUCGACGAGGAGAUGAAGCGCACGGACGAGCUGCUCUAUCAGAUGAUACCGAAGCAAGUGGCCGAUCGGCUGAGGAACGGCGAGAGCCCGAUAGACACGUGCGAGAUGUUCGACAGCGUAUCGAUUCUCUUCUCCGACGUCGUCUCAUUCACCGAGAUUUGCAGUCGCAUCACACCAAUGGAAGUUGUCUCGAUGCUCAAUGGGAUGUAUUCGCUCUUCGACACCCUCACGGAGAGGAACCACGUUUACAAGGUGGAGACGAUCGGGGACGCUUACAUGGUGGUGUCGGGCGCCCCGGUGAAGCAGAGCGACCACGCGGACCGAGUCUGCGACAUGGCUCUGGACAUGCUCGAGGCGAUUACGGACUUGAAGGACCGCUCGACGGGCGAGCAUUUGCAGAUUCGCAUUGGGAUUCACAGCGGGGCCGUGGUCGCGGGCAUCGUCGGCCUCAAGAUGCCGCGCUACUGCCUCUUCGGGGACUCGGUAAACACUGCCUCAAGGAUGGAGGCCACCAGCGAGGCCAUGCACAUACACGUAUCCCAGUCGACCAAGGAGCUCCUCUCGAGUUCCUACAAAGUCACCGAGCGCGGCGAGAUACAGGUCAAGGGUAAAGGCACGAUGAAGACGUACUGGCUGGAGAGGCGCGAGUACCGCUCGAUCGCGACGAAGAGCAUCUCGAUCCAGGAACCGCACCAGUGGCGCAACAACACUGGCCCACGGAACAGCUCCUUCGUGCGUAACGGGCCGGAUCACGCAACGCAGCAGCCCUCGACCUCGCCGAGCGGUGCCGCGACGACGAUGCGCCUCCUCGUUCGGCUUCCGCCCUCCCCGACGAUGCUCCAGCAGCCAGGUCACUCGAACCCCGGCUCGACUUGCUCGGGCGGUGGCCUCUACGUCGACGAGCGGCCCAUCUACUCGCCCAUCACCUUUCAGGACGUUGCCAGGCGCUCGAUCGUCAACUCACCGACCAAGAGCCUCUCCAUCAAAGAAAUGCGUUCUAACUCGUUGAGUGGCAUAUCGACGGUCAGUGAGGAUAUCCAUCGUGUCGACGUCUUUGGCUCUCUCAUCUCGGACACCGAGCAGCAUUUCCGUCUCCACCAGGAUAAGAUGCACGUUGAGCAGCAGCAGCAGCAGCAGCAACAACAAGAGGAUGAGGAACAACAACAACAUGAUGAGGAGGGAGAUAAACAGCAGCAACAACAGCAACAACAACAGCAACAAUCUCAGCAGCAUGAGCACGUGGUUCAGAACAACACUCUCCAGCUCCUUCCCGAUCAUUGCCAUUGUCCUGGUUUUGCCAUCUCCAAGAGCAAGAACAAGGGCAAGAGUAGUGGCCACGCUUGCGCCAUUGCAUGA